UGUCUUCCAAAACACUACACAAAUUUUUUGUUCGAUCUUUCUUUUAAAAUUAUUAAAAUAUUUUAAAAUUCCUUUUUGCUGUUGUUUAAACAAAUCCGAAAAUUUGACAAAAUUGUUGAUUGGUCUUAAAGUUAUAUUAGAUACAUUAGAAGCUAAAAUUCACAAAAUGCCUUCUAUCUUGAAAAAACUUCCAUCGAUGUGCUCGUCGAUGAGGCCGGUAGUCACACUGUACCUUAGGUCGUACAGUGGGAAUUCAUCGAUGCCCAAUGCGGGGAUUAAUCGAGCGAUGAUGAAUUUGGGCUUCGGCACCAGGCAGUGGCCCAAGCGAGAGGACUGGUUCGCAGCCCGGCAAAUAAUGGUGCAGAAACAGAAUCAGAACCUGAACCAGAAUCGCUACUGGAGCAACAGCAGUAUCAAUCUGGACAAACCAACGCGCCGACGACGUCGUCAAUUUGGUGGAUCCCAGGAUCUGCCGGCGCACACCAUUGGCGAAUUCGACACCGAAGUUCGAGCUCACAAGAGGGAGCAACACAGGCAGGCAGCAGGCUGGAUGGAGGAGGUUGAUAGGAACGAGCAGGCUGAAGAUGAUUGGAUGGCCAGGGCUUCGGCGGCUGAGCAACAUGAGCAGCGAUUUUCUAACCAGGACCGGAGGGCACAGGCCCUGGUAGCGGAGCGCUACGAAAUGGAAGGCGCCAAUGAUGAUCAGCGGGUGGGCACCGUCCGGGAGGUUGUCUUUGGCCAGAAACAAGACGACAUCGAAGAUGAGGAUGAACUGGAACGCAAACAGUACAGUGAUGAGCUCUUCAGACGUGUGUCUGCCCAGAGAACCGACUACAAUACACCGAGAAAGGCCAUCUCCCGCAAGGUCAUCUGCCCCUAUCCAUCUUACAGCUCGCAUCGAAGUCGAUGGGCGGAGUUCCGUCAUGCUAUGAUCUAUGGCCGAACGACCUUCUAGGCUCUCCCUCUCCCUCUCUCUCACUUGCACACCUCUCGGCACUCGGCUCUCGUCUCACUGCCAUACUCAUUCAGUGAACUUUUCGAGCAGAUUUUGACUAAAUAUAAAUAUGAUUAA